GUUUGGCAGCUGCGCGAGAGGGAGAUGCCCGUGUGCUUCGUGGUUUACCAGAUAUUUUUCUGGAGUUUUCUUGAAGACACUCCGCGACACACGCUGCAGCGCUAUCGUUCAACAGCAGAUGAUGCGCUGUAAGCCACUGAUUUGUCAUUCCCACUCGCCAAAUGGACUCAUGCUCGAAACAAAUUAUGACUGAACUCAGUCGUCAUGAAAAGCCAAUACACCGAUGAGUUUCUCUCUUUCAUACAAACUUUGAGAAUUAACGAGGAGCUCCCUCAAAGCGUUUUGUGCUGGGAAGUGCUUAGUAAUGAGUCAAUCAAAACUAACAAAUUCGUAUAAGGACACGUCCUGACCAUACAUCCACAGUAUGACGGUAUACCCAGGGAAUUCUUUCAGAACAGGACCGAAUGCUCCAGGAAACAGUAACUCAGUACUUUAACAACUGUUACAUUCGCUAUGUCAAUUUCACCAGGUUCAUAUAUCAAUAUGUUGUGUUGAUUUGUUAUGCAUGCCUGCAUCCUGGGAGAAGGGGAGUGUGUACCUACGUUUUGCCCGGUGUGCUCGUGCUCAAAUCAUGUUGAUGCACUGAGAGAGUUGGAUGGACAUCUUGUGUCCCUGCCCCUGGGCCUGAACAGUCAGCUGAUGGUGUUCUGCAGUGGCCAACGAGCGGUGGUGGAGACUGCUGCGGGUAUCACGCUGACCUUUGACUGGCACAGCACGGUGCACGUCAAUCUCCCCAGCCCCUACUAGGGGGCAGUCUGCGGCCUGUGUGGCAACUACAACGCCAUGCCCCAGGACGACCUCACUAUGCGGGACAGUCAUCCCGCUCCCGACGCCACCUGGCUGGGUAAGAGCUGGCGGGUGGCCCUUGUGCCUGGCUGCUCCUCUGGAUGCCAGGGGACACAAUGCCAGUCCUGCUCUGACACAGAGAAGAACACGUACAGCUCCCGCUGUGGCAUCAUAGCAGACAAGGCCGGCCCCUUUAAAGAGUGCCAUGGCAACGUGGACCCUGCUCCGUACCUGGAGGACUGUUUUCGAUGCCUGUUAUAAUGUGGAUCAGCUUUAAUAUUCCAGAUUGUGGCUUAUACACAUGUUUGCUUAAUUUCCCAUCCUCAAUGAAACAAAUAGUGUAUAUACUUUUUUUCACUCCAAAUCGGAGUAAACUACAAUUCAACCCUCUUCUUUGUCCUAGUUCUCUCCUGUCCAGCCAACAGCCACUAUAGCCUCUGUGCCCCAGGCUGCCUGCCACCUGUACAAGCCUCUCUACAUGUCGCCAGUCCUGUUCUGAGGGCUGCCAGUGUGACAAAGGCUACCUGCUGAGUGGUGACGCCUGCGUACCCAUGGCCCAGUGUGGCUGCUCUUACGGGGGGGCACUACUACAGGAAGAGGGAGACCUUCUACCCCCAGGGUCUGGAACAGUGUACCUGUGGGGAGAACGGAGCAGUGGUGCCGGGGAGGCCUGUAAGGUGGUAAACGGGGUGUUGGGGUGCCACCCAAUUGGGCAGGCCACGUGUUUGGCGUCAGGCGACCUCCACUACAUGUCAUUCGAACGCAGGUUCGACUUCCAGGGCACCUUCGUCUACACGCUGGCCAAGGUGUGUGAAGACGACAAAGGCAGACUGACCGGCUUCACUGUGACUCAAGGGAUUGAAAAGUAUGGCAAUGGGAAGGUGGCUGUCACUAACAAGAUCGUGUCUGUCACACCUAUGCCAUCAGCAUUGUGCAGGGGAUGAGCUGGAGAGUGAUUAUGGAUGAGGAGCUGGUGAACCUUUCUCUCUCUCUGUGCUGGUCGGUUAUGGCGACCCAGGAGGGUUGUAACAUUAUCCUCCAGACAGACUUCGGCCUGCGGGUGCUCUAUGACACCGUGUACUACGUCAAAGUCAUCGUUCCCUCCACCUACCAGAGCAAGAUCUGUGGCAACUACAACACCAAGCCAGACAACGACUUCCGCCUACCAAAUGGGCAGCGUGUAUGAGUUUGGGAAGGCGUGGGUGCUGGACCUCCCUGGGGCAGUGUGUGGAGGCUGCGGCGGGCAGUGCCCAGUAUGUGAUCAUGCCAAGGCAUCCCAGUACGGCAGGCUAGACUCCUGCGGCAUCAUGGCAGCAGACAAUGGGCCCUUCCAGGCCUGCCACAAUCAGGUGAACCCGGCAGCAUACGUGGCCCACUGUGUGUUUGACGUGUGUGCCAUGGACGGGGACAGAGGGACUCUGUGAGAGCAUCCAGGCUUACGCCAUCACUUGUCAGCACGCUGGGGCUCGGAUACAGGCCUGGAGGAGCAGCUCCUUCUGCUCUGUCUCCUGCCCAGCUAACAGCCAUUACGAGCUAUGUGCCGACACCUGUGGUACUAGCUGUGCCAGCCUGGUGGACUCCUUCACCUGCUCUUCUAGCUGCUUUGAGGGCUGCCAGUGCGACGUGGGCUUCGUCUUUGACGGUGACAAGUUUGUCUUCAUGGAUAUGUGCGGAUGCGUCUCUACGACGGCCUGUAUCUGAUGGCCUCGGCGGGUGAGGUGUGAGAAGCUGAUCUGUGCCAGCGGAGAAGUCUGUGGGGUGAAGGACGGGGUCAGAAGAUGCCAACUCAAACAGGGGAACUGCAUGGUCCACCCUGGUGCCAACUUCACCACCUUCGAUUGCAUGAAGGGGGUUAUGCGGUAGCCUCUGACCAGACCUCUGCCCAGUGGUUCAGGGUGGUGGUGGAUGUCUGCAGUAACGGAGCCUAUCCCAAUGUGGCUACAGUCUAUAUCUUCUUCAAGUAUGUCACUGUCAACAGCCAGCACAACACCUGGGUGAAUAGUCAGAAUGUGUCCCUUCCCAGCACUCCAGCCAGACAGCUGUCUGUCAGCAUCGCCAACAGGACAGUGGUCAUCAAGAGGGAUUCUGGUGUGCAUGUCACCUACUCCAUCUCCCAGGAGAUAUUCGUUACUGUCGACAACCACCUGGCUGGCAAGGUGUGCGGCGCCUGCGGCAACUACCAUGGUAUUGUCAAGGAUGCCAUGACAACAUCCAACGAGAAAUCCUCCACAGAUGUGACUGUGAUCGUUGGCUACUGGUGGGUUGGGGACUUCUCUAGCUGUGGCCUGUAAGAAUGCUGUUUCUCCAUCUGUACUCAACUCUACAAUGAAGGACUGACAUUUCCUCCUGAAUAUUUGAAUAUUGCACUUUGAAGAAAUCCUGCAUUUCCACUUGCUUAGAGCAAUAGUAACAAUUGAGGUCACUCAACUGUGGUUUAUCGUUUCUAUGUACAGUGAUUUGCAAAAAUGAAUUUGACUGUAACCAUUUAGAAUUUGUCAAAUCUUACUAUGAAGUUGAACACUUUCACCUACAUAUGAUGCAAUGCAAAUGUUGAAGUCUAUUGUCCAACUCAAAUUGCUUAUGCACAAAUAAAGUACUACUUUCAAAUA